CCGACCCGCCGCCCAUGGCUCUGCUUUCCGCCUGCGAUGCUCGCUCGCAGUCCCGGUGUGGAAAAGGCUGCGUCUCUCUCGUAAAAUGACGGGAGCGGGAUCUCCGAGCGGGCGGCGGGAGCCGCUUUUACGCCUUUCGGAGUUGAGCACGGAGGGAGGUAAAACAGCUACCUGAACGCGGAAAAAAAAAAAAAAAAAACAAAAAACAAAACCCAGACCCCACAACAAGUAGUUCUCGCCUGGCAGGGAGGCACGGGGAGCGGCUGGGAAUCGGCGUCCGCCGCCACGCACAACCGGAGCCCGCCUGAGAAAAGCAGCCGCUUUCUCUCCUCCGGCAAAGGCAGAAGCUCGUCCCCCGCGGACCUGUCCGCGACCGGCUGCCCCCCCGCCCAGCGACCGGUCCCGCUGCCGCCUCCCGCGCCCUCCCCAGUCAUGUCCGACCCGGAGCGAUGGGGAAGCUCGAGGACAACGAGAGGGUGAUCCUCAACGUGGGGGGCACGCGGCACGAGACCUACCGCAGCACCCUGAAGACCCUGCCGGGGACCCGCCUGGCCCUGCUCGCCUGCGAGUCCCAGAGCGAGUCGCCGGGCGGCGAGGAGCCGCCGCUGCCGCCCCCCAACCCGCCGCCGCCGGCGGGCGGCUGCCCGGAGCCCGGCAGCGGCUGCAGCCCCCGGGGCAGCGGCGGCGCCAGCGAGUUUUUCUUCGACCGGCACCCGGGGGUCUUCGCCUAUGUGCUCAACUACUACCGCACCGGCAAGCUGCACUGCCCCGCCGACGUCUGCGGGCCGCUCUUCGAGGAGGAGCUGGCCUUCUGGGGCAUCGACGAGACCGACGUGGAGCCCUGCUGCUGGAUGACCUACCGCCAGCACCGCGACGCCGAGGAGGCCCUCGACAUCUUCGAGGCGCCCGACCUGCUGACGGGCGAGCCGCCUCCCGACGGCGACGACGACGACCUGGCCGCCAAGAGGCUGGGCAUCGAGGACGUGGGGGCGACGGCCGAGGGCAAGGGCGGGCGCUGGCGGCGGCUGCAGCCCCGCGUCUGGGCGCUCUUCGAGGACCCCUACUCCUCGCGGGCCGCCAGGUUCAUCGCCUUUGCCUCUCUAUUCUUCAUCCUAGUUUCAAUCACAACCUUUUGCCUGGAAACGCAUGAGGCUUUCAAUACUAUUAUAAACAAAACUGAGCAGGUCAUCAACGGGACAGAAACUGUACUACAGUAUGAAAUUGAGACAGAUCCUGCCCUGACAUACGUGGAAGGAGUCUGUGUGGUAUGGUUUACAUUUGAAUUUUUAGUACGUGUUGUUUUUUCCCCCAACAAACUUGAAUUCAUCAAAAACCUCUUGAAUAUUAUUGACUUUGUGGCCAUCCUACCCUUUUACCUAGAAGUGGGCCUGAGCGGGCUCUCCUCCAAAGCUGCUAAGGACGUGCUUGGUUUCCUCAGGGUGGUAAGGUUCGUGAGGAUCCUGCGAAUCUUCAAGCUCACCCGGCACUUUGUGGGCCUCAGGGUGCUGGGCCACACUCUACGAGCCAGCACCAAUGAAUUUUUGCUGCUGAUAAUAUUCCUGGCACUCGGUGUUUUGAUAUUUGCCACCAUGAUCUACUACGCAGAGCGAGUGGGAGCCCAGCCUAAUGACCCAUCAGCGAGUGAGCACACACAGUUCAAAAAUAUCCCUAUCGGCUUCUGGUGGGCUGUAGUCACCAUGACCACCCUGGGAUACGGGGAUAUGUAUCCACGGACUUGGUCAGGCAUGCUGGUGGGAGCCCUGUGUGCACUGGCGGGGGUGCUCACCAUAGCCAUGCCCGUGCCUGUGAUAGUUAACAAUUUUGGGAUGUACUACUCACUGGCCAUGGCAAAGCAGAAACUGCCGAGGAAGCGGAAGAAGCACAUCCCUCCUGCUCCUCAAGCCGGCUCGCCCACCUUCUGCAAGACAGACUUGAACAUGGCCUGCAAUAGCACACAGGGUGACAUCUGCCUGGGCAAGGACAACCAGUUGAUGGAGCACAACAGAUCAUCAGUGUUAUCAGGUGAAGACAGUGCAGGAAGUGAGCAGCCACUCUCACCUGGUGAAAGGCUCCCUCCCAUCAGACGCUCUAGUACAAGAGACAAAAACAGAAGAGGGGGAACAUGUUUCCUACUGACAACAGGUGAUUACACGUGUGCUACUGAUGGAGGGAUCAGGAAAGAUAACUGCAAAGAGGUUGUCAUUACGGGUUACACGCAAGCAGAAGCCAGAUCUCUUUCUUAA